AUGUAUCCUUUCAAACAGGGCCAGCCUUCUUGCCUGCUGGUGAAUUUGCCAACUUCUUCUUUAAAUUCUUUUUUCGCCAGAGACGAAAAAGGAGAUCCAAAAGAUGUGCAGCAGUUCAUCAGACAACACUGGGCGCGCGUCCUCAGAGACGAAAAAGGAGAUCCAAAAGAUGUGCAGCAGUUCAUCAGACAACACUGGGCGCGCGUCCUCAGGUGGUCCAUAAAGCAAGACAUGACGGGCCCCACAAAGCUGUCGUGGGACAAACUGCACAAAGAAGCAGAUGACCUCCAAAAAUGGGUUAGGGAUUUGCAGCAGCAGCAUGAGAUCCAGCAGCAGCAGCAGCAACAGCAGCAGCAGCAACAGCAGCAGCAGCAGCAGCAGCAGCAGCAGCAGCAGCAGCAGCAGCAGCAGCAGCAGCAGCAGUUGUUUGAGUUUGUUUUCAGCUGA